UUCUUUCAGACAUCAAACUGUAGCUCUGCUACUUUUUCCUCUUUCUUUUUCUUUUUUUGGGGGAGUUCGCAUCAGAUUUCAAAAUUUCUCCUAAAAGCAGACACCCGGACCGCCCGGCGCUCACGCGCUUGGUGGGCAGGAAGCGGCUGCUCGCGGCGGGGGUUCUGGGGGUCGUGAUGGUUCUGGUUCUGGUCAUCCUCAUCCCGGUUCUGGUCAGUUCGGCGGGAACGGCGGCGCACUACGAGAUGCUCGGCACCUGCCGGAUGGUGUGCGACCCGUACGGAACCAAAUCUCCCACCAGCACCGCCACAGCGGACACGGUCCGAGACAACAGCCUGGUCCAGUCUUUACCCACCUUUAUUCAGGGUCCCAAAGGAGAACCGGGUCGUCCGGGGAAAGCGGGACCGAGAGGACCGCCUGGCGAGCCGGGACCGCCCGGUCCGGCGGGGCCCCCCGGAGAGAGAGGUGAGCCGGGCCGACCCGGAUUACCGGGUCCGAGCGCAGCCGCCGGCGCCAUCAGCGCGGCCACGUACAGCACCGUGCCAAAGAUCGCCUUUUACGCGGGGCUGAAGAAGCAGCACGAGGGCUACGAGGUGCUCAAGUUCGACGACGUGGUGACCAACCUGGGGAACCACUACGACCCGACCAGCGGCAAGUUCACCUGCUCCAUCCCCGGGAUCUAUUUCUUCACCUACCACGUCCUGAUGCGCGGAGGGGACGGAACCAGCAUGUGGGCAGACCUGUGCAAAAACAACCAGGUGCGGGCCAGUGCCAUUGCUCAGGAUGCUGAUCAGAACUACGACUAUGCCAGCAACAGUGCUGUGCUGCACCUGGAGCCAGGAGAUGAGGUCUACAUUAAACUUGAUGGAGGAAAAGCUCAUGGAGGAAACAACAACAAGUAUAGCACUUUCUCCGGAUUCAUUAUCUACGCUGACUAGAUCCUCUGUGUGCUCUCAGGCUCAAGCUUCUACCAUAAAUAAGACGAUCACACCUAUUCUUUUGUGUGGAGCCACAAAAAUUUUAAAAAACCUGGAUAUUCAUCCAUUUUCGUCAUACUGCCACCAUUACUGUCCUGUGUAAAACUGACUUUGGAUGAGAAUGGCUGAUGUGUGGGAGAAAACCAUAUUCUCUCCACAUACCUUUGGCCAAACUCAGUUGGGGAGAUGUAGGUUCCUGUGAUGGUGAGAGGAGUGGACGAGUGUGUUACAAAAGGCACUUGGAAAGUGCAUUCCUGUUCCAUGACAGAUAGUUACCUCUCUCACUACUGUCUUAACCAUCAUAUGUGUCAACAUAACAGUGAGGCCAAAUGUUUACAUACACCUUAGCUAAAAGCAUUCAAAUUCAGUUUGCUCCAACACCAAAC